GGAAGUUUAUUUUCUUCUCACUCUCAUUCUGACUAAGACAGCGGACAAUGGCAUCCCCUUCCAACCUACAGUGUUUCCCGAGUUCCUUCUUGCGGCUGGCCCAGUUGUAUAUCAUGACUGGUGCUAUUUCUGUCACAGGAAGUGCUGCACUGAUUCAGUACAGAGGAGUGGUUGGUGGAAGUGUGACUUUUUACUGCCCCGUUGCUGAAAAUAGCACACUAGAAUUAAUGUACAUUCAAAGGAGCAGUGAAUUUGUGAAUGGAUACUAUAAAAGAGAGACAAUAACGGAUCCGGUAUGGAGCAACACAAGAAUGGAUACUAAGAAGGGAACGAUGCACAUGUCCAGUUUGAAUGUCUCACAUCAAGGGGACUAUCAGUGCCAUAUCAUGUACAGUGACAUUCCAUUAGUUACAACUGGCAUGCACCUCAGUGUCACAGGAAUCUACAGUAAACCUGCCCUUACAAUGGACUCCUGUGAUCAAAGCCCUCUCUUGAGUUGCCUACUGACAUGUGUCGCGCACGGCGGCUACCCGGAAGCAGAAGUGAAGUGGAACAUAUCACAGACUCACACUUUGAAGGCUAUGAACAACAUUACGAUAGAUAAUGUCACCCUGUUGGUCAACACUUCCAGCACUGCACGCCUCAACUGCUCCAAUGGAGAGACGUCUAUCAGCUGCUCUGUGGGCAACCUCAGAUCAGAACUGUUGUCAGUCUGUAAACCUCUAGGUAAACCCAAAUCUACAUCUUAUCCUCCCUGGCCUCAUGUGAUAACCAUCGCAGUGGUGGCUGUCUGUAUUGUGGUUGUUAUGGUUGUUACAUUGCUGUUGUGUAAAAGCAAGAAAUGUAAGAAAGGAGAAAAUGAAAACAUUAAUGAAGAUGUGGAGGAGGGAAUACGCCUCAAUGGAAACAAAAAAGAGGAAACGUGAGUGCUUGAUGAAGAGGAAUGUCUGAUUUCUUUUUAGCGCCAUUUCCCAGAAAAAUUUCACUAAAGUGUAAAUUACAUAAUGUGACUGCUGCCCGUGUAUCAACUCACUGGACAGUCUACUGUCAACAUGUCGCUGACAUUUGAAUAGAGACAAGUGUUUGAGGAAGUAUUACUUAUCAGAUUACUGUAAUAGGGGGAAGUACAGUGAAUCAUUGAAGUGAGAAAAUCUUACUUAGAUGACUUUUCCAUUGUUUUUAUGUAAGAUUGUUGUCAUAUACUGGCAAAAGUCUCUGGGGACAUACUCCCCAACACUGUGAAGAAUGAAAUCAUAUCACAAAUGGUAAAAUGUGUGUUUUACUGUUACACUGACCUCUACUGACAUAAUUUGGAUCUGUUACACAAAUUAUUGUGUUUCAUCUUUUUGAAAUACAGAACAUUGUUGUUGUUGUUGCUGCUGCUGCUGUUGCACUUGAAUUGAAUUAAUUUAUUCAAUGUAUCUAUUAGAACGUUAUUUUUGUCAAUAUCUAUUUUUUAAAUGUACUGUUGUUCCCCUAUUUCGUCUAGGGUUAUUCUCUUUUCAGUUUACUCUGUAAAUAGUUUCAGCGUGAGAAGCUGAGAAAAGUAAAGAAAUAGACGUCAGAAUAAUGUUUGCACAUAAAUUGUUCUCUGCGGUAUCGUACAUUUUCUGCAAAAAAUUCCAAUAUUUUAGGAUUUCCUUGUAAAAGUGCAAUAUUCAAUACAAAUUAUUUUUUAGCUAAAAAUGUUGGUCUCUGUCAGAAUUUAAGCAAUUGGUUUUCUGGUGACUGUUCUCCUAUUCAAUAUUUAUGUUGCAACAUAUUUAGUUAAUUUUAAGGAUUUAUUUCUCAAUAUCAUUAUUUAAUUUAUUUACCCUACUGUUCGGGAAAGCUGGCUUUUCUUCCUCAUUCCUAAGAAAAAACAUCUCAAACUGCUUCUUUCAUUUCCUUAAUUUGUAACAAACAAUCCUGUUGGAUGGCUAUGUUAACUCAAUUUUACAUGAGUUCAUUUUUAUUCUUUGGUAAUCCAAUAAAGUAAAUUAAACAUGUUUCAAUUACA